GUCAUUAAUAAAAGCAUUAUGUUACAAAUUCAACGAGAUAGUGAUUAACUGUGUUAUCUACUUUCUCCAAUCCGACUUCACUGACUUCCUGCCAUCAUCCCCAUCUGUUUGGCCUCUGCUCUCCCAUAAUUGUACCUCUCUCUAUCUCUUUCUCUCUCCAUUUAUUCUCGUUUAGUUGCUCCUGACCACUCCACAGGUGGUAAAUACUGGAAACCCAUGAAGACGAUCUUGUCCUCUGGUACUCAAACUCCCCCAAGUAAGCAUAUCACUGAAGCAUAAUCUUCGAUAGAAAAGAAUCGAGUGAGAAACUUUUGGAACCCAUCUAAUCAGCUAGGGAUCCUGGCGAACCAAUUUUCUUUCUGUUGGUGGUGUUGGAAUUUCAUGAACGUGGAGCCAAAACAAGAACUAGUUCUAUGGAACUGCAUUCAUGGUAAAUUGAAGUAGAAGAACAUUUUGUUUCCUUUUGGCAUCUUGGGCGUGGUCUACUUGAUUCCCUCAAGUUGUUUGAGUCUGAAGUAGAAGAACACCAUAAGUGGAUUAAAGUGGUUUAUAUGUGCAAGGGUGACACAAGAAUGUUAAAGGAUUUCGAUGAAGAAUCAGGCCCGAACUUCGAGUGAAUGGCAGGGUGCAUAUGAGUCAUAUCCGACCAUCUAGAAGUUAUUGGAGCUAUGCCGGCUUACAGACUGGCUAAUCUUCUUCCGAAAAGAGUAGUUCUAUUUAUAGGGGAUGUUUCCUACCGUGGGUUGAGCUACUAUCAUGGUGAAAAGCUUAGUGAACGCAGUCAGUAAUUGGAUCUAUUGUCCUUUGGUUGGCCUUUUUCUGAAGAAACAAUCUCUCAACCUCGCCACAUUACUCAAACAUGGCAACACCAAACUUGAACUUGGAAUCUGAAAAUGAGUCAAGAGUCAGCAGCCAAGUAGCUUCAAACCUACCUGUGCAAGAAGUAUCCCCUGAUCCCUCCAAGGACAGCACCACCAAUUCAUCCUGUCUCACAAAUGACCUUAACCUUCAACCAGAUCCAGAGCCUGUCUCCCUUGACUUGACACUCCACUUCAGCAGCUGUGAUGCUGACCUGAAGGGCAUGGGUGAGGCAAGUGAGGUAGCAGCCCAUAAUUCCUCAGCAACAGUUCCAAGGGUUUUCUCUUGCAAUUACUGCCGGCGCAAGUUCUACAGUUCACAGGCACUGGGUGGCCAUCAGAAUGCACAUAAAAGGGAAAGGACAAUGGCAAAGCGUGCUAUGCGCAUGGGAAUGUUCUCCAAUAGCUAUACUAGCUUGGCCUCUCUGCCCCUUCAUGGUUCAUCAUUUCGGUCCCUUGGGAUUGAAGCUCAUGCUGCAAUGCAUCAAGGAAUACUACCAUCAGAAAGGCCGCCUAGAGGUGGAGCAAGGUUCGAACAAGGCUAUUUUGGACCACCGAUGUUCAUGGAAGAUGACGAUGUGGGAAUGUUUUGGCCUGGAAGUUUCCGGCAGGUGAGGGAACCAGUGGGAUCACUUGCUGGUACUUCUGCUUUGGAAUUAAGUCCAAAUGCAAAUAUGAAUUUUGUGGGAAAUGAGUCGAGGACUACUACGUCGUCACCAGAUCUUACUUUGAAACUUUGAGAUUUUUCAUCUCAUAUAGUAUUCACUUUGUACAUGAGAUAUGCAAUGUCAACGGCUAUGUGAUUUAAGAUUUUAAAACAUUAAUGUUUUUGGUUUAUCAAGGAUGUUUUUGCUGUUGUUGUAUAAGUUCUGGAGAAUGAAAUCAGAUUGAGAUCAUCAAAGUA